CGAACGCUCGACUUUCACAAGAGCCGAAGAAAGUGUUCUUUUUCAAGAAGAAGGAAGAGGCGAGAGAAGAGAUGGGCAUUUGCCAUUCGAGCGAGCCCGCAAGUACCGCCGCGGACACCGCGAAGCUGAUCCUCCAGGACGGCCGCCUCCAGGAAUUCGCCCACCCCGUCCGGGUCUCCCGCGUGCUGCAGAGCUGCGACCCCGCGUGCUUCAUCUGCGACUCCGACGACAUGGGCUUCGACGGCGUCGUCUCCGCCGUCGACGGCGACGAGGAGCUCCGGCCCGGGCAGCUCUACUUCGCCCUCCCGCUGAGCAGGCUGAGGCGGCCGCUGGAGGCGAAGGAGAUGGCCGCAUUGGCCGUCAAGGCCAGCUUGGCCAUGAAGGGGAAGGGCCGCGGGCAGAAAUGCGGGAGGGCGAGGGCGGCGGCGGCGGCGUUCUCCGGCGGGAAGGAGGGGAGACGCCCGGCGGAGGUGGGCGGUCGUGGUGGUGGUGGUGAUGGUGGGUCCGGGUCGGCGAAACGACGGGGUGGCGGUGGUUGUGGUAGGCGGAGGAGGAAGAGCGUGGCGAUUUUGAGUGCAAUUCCUGAGUAG